ACCAAUCAAUACGGGCGGUCCGACACACCCAGUUUGUGCCAGAUUUUCAACAGUCUUACUUGAGAACAUAAAAGCCUGUGAAUAUAAAUCAGGAUCAUGUCAGUGUGCUAAAUCACUGUGGUUCAGUGCUGAUUGACUAGCUGCGCACCUUGCAGUGUUGUAAUACACCUGUUCUACUCCCGGAAGUGGUGACGAGAUUUUUCCACGCGCAAGAGCUGACGCCAGGUAUGUCUCGCGGUACGGGAAUAGUUCCAGAUGAAUCCAUGUUUAAUGAAUUCAAAAGACAAUGCUUGUCCACGGAGAAUUGGCUCAGUAAAUAUGAUAAAAAUGACAUGGAGGUCUGGGUCGAGGUGGCCCCUUUAUCAGCUUCUACAAACAACAAAGGGAACUUCUCCAAAGUGCACAAAAUCAAGUGUAGAAUGAACAUAAAGGAUGUAUCAGCUGCCACCAUGUUUGACGUGCUUCAUGACAGCAUGUACCGGAAGACAUGGGACCCUACAAUGCUUGAGAGUUUUGACAUCGCUCGUCUGGCUCCUAAUGCUGAUGUGGGCUACUAUUCAUGGCUCUGCCCGAACCCAUUGAAGAACAGAGAUGUGGUGACCCUGCGCUCAUGGCAGGCAUCUGAAAAUGAGUAUGUGAUCAUUAACUUCUCAGUGAAACAUCCGAAAUUUCCCCCACGGAAGGAUCUGGUAAGGGCCGUUUCCUUUCUGACAGGUUACCUGAUCAGACCAACAGGGCCCAACAGCUGCAUUUUCACGUACCUCUCACAAGCUGAUCCCAGAGGGUCUCUUCCAAAGUGGGUUGUCAGCAAAGCAUCUCAGGUCCUGGCUCCAAAAGUCUUAAGAAGCGUCCAUAAAGCCGGUCAGAACUACCCUGCGUGGAAAGCAGCAAAUUCUCCAGAUCAUAAGCCGUGGCUGUACCCCAUACAGAGUGAACUGCCCAUGAUGGAUCCAGCAGAGCUGUCCAUCCAGCGUGGAGACUCGCUGGAGAACGUGGAUGAGAGCUUGACCAAGGAUGCUCAAGAGAAUGAGGACAGUAGCUAAAAUGGUUCAAAAAAAGGUUGACAUAAAUGGACAGUCUUUAACUCUGGUCUGUGUGACAGGGUCAGUCCAGUUACCUCUCACCCUACUUAUAGCUCGCUGAUGCCAACAUUCCUUCUUCACGCUCACAGAGUAAGUGUUUACAAUCACUGGUGCACAGAUCUGCACAUUCCAUUAUCCAUGUCUUGAGUUGCUUAGGGCAUCGCAUGUGCGAUAGUGGUGCUUACUUGAACAAAAAAAAUAUUAUGCAGUUCUGCAUCUUAAUUUAAUUUAAAACCCUUUUGAAGGUGGAUCUUUUUUGCGUCUUUAAUUUAUUACUAAAUGAUUUUGAUAAAGCUACACCUACAAGCUGUUGUUUAUUUCUUUAUAAUAAGCAUAGUUAAACAUUUAAUCCUUGUUUUAAGUCUCCAUGGUAGGGGAGAGGUUCCUCUCAAUGUCAUCCUUUUGUGUUUGUGUAUUUAUGUCUGUGUGCCAUUUCAAAGAAGUGUGUCUGUAUUGGCGUGUGUGAAAAUGAUUGACACCAAGCAACCAUAGGAGAAAACCUGUGUUAAAGGCCCUGUAAUACGACCAAAGCAGUCCAAGACACAAUGUGGUAUUACCUCAAGAUUUAUUACUUGAAGUGGUAUUAGUUCAUUUGCCUGUAACAGGCAGAAGAAAUCAGAAGGCAGAGGAAUGUUAUGAUAGCGCUUUUCUGUACUUCUGUUGUGUGCCCUUGAACAUGAAAGAAAAUGACGUUAGCAAUAACAUGAUAACAGUGGAUCAAAGUUACCCAUAUUUUUGAUGUUUUUCUUUCUGAGGAAGGAUGGAUAUGUAAAUUUGUGUUUGAUAACUUGAAUUGUAUGUAUAUGAAGUCCUAACUCACUGAAGGGUAAUAUGGUUUUAUACUUUAACAUUUUUAAAUAAAUUAUGUUCAAAAUG